CUAACAGAUAUCUAUUAAAAGCUGCUGCUGACGUCAGAAGCGUCCGCCAUCUUUGACAAGAGCUGCCCUGCUUUUCCCUCCCAUUGAAGAAGAAGAGAGGACUCAACCAGGGCGCAGUGCCUUUGCAGCAUCCCAGGCUCAUACUGGUAUCGGUCAGCUGUUGAUCUGGGCAGACGCGGGGCACCGACAGCAGGCUCAGCCCGUCCCUGAUUCCCGUUAGGAUCUACUCUUCCCUGUCGGAGACCCUCUCCAUCCUCCACAUCCAGCAGCCAUGGCAGAUGAUGCGGACAUGCGCAAUGAGCUGUCAGACAUGCAGCAACGCGCCGACCAGCUGGCCGACGAGUCACUGGAGAGCACUCGCCGCAUGCUCCAGCUGGUGGAGGAGAGCAAAGAUGCCGGCAUCAGGACUCUGGUCAUGCUGGACGAGCAGGGAGAGCAACUCGAUCGUGUUGAAGAAGGCAUGAACCAUAUCAACCAAGACAUGAAGGAAGCCGAGAAAAAUUUAAAAGAUUUAGGGAAAUGCUGUGGGCUUUUCAUAUGUCCAUGUAACAAAAUGAAGAGUGGAGCUAGCAAGGCCUGGGGGAACAAUCAGGAUGGUGUGGUGGCCAGCCAGCCUGCCCGUGUGGUGGAUGAGCGUGAACAGAUGGCCAUCAGUGGAGGCUUUAUCCGCAGGGUAACAGACGAUGCCCGGGAAAACGAGAUGGAUGAGAACCUGGAGCAAGUGGGAGGCAUCAUCGGUAACCUGCGGCACAUGGCCCUCGACAUGGGCAACGAGAUCGAUACCCAGAACCGCCAGAUCGACAGGAUCAUGGAGAAGGCUGAGUCCAACAAGACUAGAAUUGAUGAGGCCAACCAGCGUGCCACAAAGAUGCUGGGCAGUGGCUAAGCCCCCUGAGCCCAGAGCAUGAUCUUCCUGGCGUCUGGCGCCGCACAUCGGCAGGCGCUGACAUGCUUACUUCAUGGUAUUGACCUUCUAGGUUUGCACACAUGCACAUAUCACCUUCCCUUCCCCUAAUUAAAUGUUGUUCUGUGUCGUCUGUCGAGCUUUUUCAAGAUGAUUGUCCUCGUAAAAAGAUGAUUUCUUAUACUCCGUAUAUCAUUCUUUCCAAAGGUUGUAUAUAGUGCUGACUUGAUGGCUCUAUAGCUCACUUGUGAAGUUUUUAUUCUUUUUAUCUCUCUCUAUCUCUUAUAUAUAUAUAUAUAUAUAUAUAUAUAUAUAUAUAUAUAUAUAUAUAUAUAUAUAUAUAUAUAUAUACACACACACACACUCUCUCUCUCUCUGGAUGACAGGUAAAUAAUGGGAAUGCUAAACAAGCUGUUUGUUUCGUUCUUUCUUUCAGUAUCAGUAUUGUCUUUGUGAACCUGUGUCAUACCAUUUAGGCUACGAUCACGCUCCUUAUUUUCAUGUUGUCAUGACAACAGAGAGGAACAGGCUGGACGAAGAUGACAUCAGUGAUGUGUACACAUAGUUUGGUAGAACAGUUGGAAGAGAUUGCAAAGAGUGCUCACAAUCAAGAGGCAGCCCUCACUACAUUUUUCUUUAAUCAUCCUGAGUUACUGUUUAGAUGACGUGUAACUAGACUCUGUAACUGUAUUAGACAUUGCAUUCCAAGUGAUGUGAAUUGUGCGUUCUCUGCAUGACAAUGGUAGAUUUUAGUCUCAUAAAUAAAUCCUGUCUGAAAAGUAAAUGUAAAAACAAGACACGGCAGUAGCAAAAACUGACAAAACGCAUGCUCAGUAUUAGGACACAGUUGAUCGUUCCAUACUCCUGCAAGUUUGCAAUCGUGCCACUCUUUCUGUCUCGAUAUAUUUACCGACUGUGACCAUCUUGUUGUACAAUAAUGCAAAAUGAAUCAAAAAGUGAGAUGAAGCUAAAACAAGUAUAUACAAGUAUAUAUAUAUAUAUAUAUGUAUGAAUAUAUAUACAUAUAUGUAUACACAUAUAUAUAGAAAGAUAUUUAGGGGUUGUGUUGCAAAAAAAUGACCUGUUUUCUAAACAAAUAUGCAGUUCAUUGCGGAAGAUGUUUCUUAUGUGAUGAAAGAGGAGGACUGGUUGUGUACUGUAUCAUAGGUUUUGGAUGCUCUGAAAAAUAAAAUAAAAGUUUGCAAUGUAAAGCAAAGACGCAUAUUUCUGAGACCUUACUUUUAUAAGAAGACUGUAUCCCUAAGUUUAUUUUCCCAGUGUGGUUUGUUAUUGGUAAAAAUGCUGAUAUUAAUGAAAAUGAUGCCUAUACUCUAAAAUAAAACAGAUAAAAAGUUAUUAUUAUUAUUAGUUUCUUUCUUUUUCGCUUCUGUACUUUAGAGCUAUGCACACCAAAUGGCCAAAAUGUUGAGUAGUUCCGGUAAAGUGAUUAAACACCCUCAAACCUGAAUGGCACAAUAGUUUAAACUGUGAGAUUGAUGUCCUCACUGCAUGUCCUAGUAAAGACUCCCUCUGUGUAUCCUGUCAGUAUGUGAAGUGGUGGACAUUUUGUAGCUAGCUCAACUGAUUAAAGUAAUAAACCUUA